GGAAUAAUUGGUGAAUUGACUCAUGACUCAGUGAUGAGGCCUUUUGUGUGCCUUUUGUGUGAAUAAGUGAUGCCCAUUGAAGCCCAGUGUUGUGUUUUUGCAACAUUGAAAGAAAUCCCUCCAAUUCAUGUUUAUUAUACUUUUUUUUUAAUUAUUAAAGUUUUCUAUUACUUAACAUCUUUAGAAUUAAGGAAAAAGAUACUACAGGUCAAACACUUACUUGGAAAAUUGUUGAAAUUGGAAAUUGAAAGAGAGAGCUGGGGGUCAGUGGGAGAUAGCCAUGUGGUAUGUCUUACAGUGUUAAUAUUUUCCCACCAAAAAUGUUGCUAUGGCUUGUCUCACAUUAAAAUUUCACCUCACAUGCGUCUGAUAGAAAUCACACCAAUAAACAAUUACGAUAAGUUCAUUACUAAGAGACACACACUCUUCCUCUUUGUUAAUAUAUUAAUAAUGACACUGGUUAAAAGGAAAAAUAAUAGCUCAUCAGAAGAAAAAUCUUUCUGAUGAAUGAUGGAUGUUUUAGGGCUCAUUUGCAAAUCACAGUUAACAGAAAUCCACUUUUUUAAAAAUCUAGAUGGUCAAUCAAAAAAGAAAUGAAUUAUAAAACUUGUAUCUUUGCUCAAACUUCCUCCUCGGUCCUCUGAACAGAAAUAAGAAAGGUGGAAUGGCCCUCAUGAUGGUGGACGGGUCAAGAGAGGAACGAUCAAAUAAGGGAACUGGCAUGUACAUGUACCCCUAAACUCAACAUAACAGCAACAAAUCAAAAUAUUGUUAAGAUCAGGGUCACAUUAAGAUUUAUACUGGUAUUACAAUGAACAUUAUGGUAUGACACACUCUUAUGUGUGACUGUAGCUUAAUAGUUUUUACUUGCUGAGCGUUAACACCCUUGUUUUUUUUCCCACGAAGUGUUGCGUAGUUGAUGGUUCCCAGAAUAUUAUAUUUUUUUAACAUUGUUUAAUGAGCAGUCUAACAUUUACUCAAGGCUGUGGCAAUGUGUAAUUCACUAUUAAACCGUAUUAAACCUGUUGUCAGUGGAUGACACUCAAGUUUAAAUAAGCAAAGCAUCCACAAAAGGUAUAAAAAGACAGCGUUACCUUCUGCAAGACAUCCUGCUACCUUCUACUGCAACUGCAAACUCAUCUGAUCAUCAUAGCAAGAUGGCGUCCGGUUUUCUCUUGGUUUUCUGCCUCUGUAUAACCAUGACCAACGCACUGUUCUUUCCAAUAUUAUGGCACAUAAAACACCACAAACCAGUGGUUCACGUGAGGGGUCCACAAUGUCCUCAUGGUUGGACAAAGCAUGGCUCUCGCUGUUUCAUCAUUCAAAACAGCCACGCGACCAUGGCUGAAGCAGAGUGCGCCUGCAUUGGUCUUGGUGGGAACCUGGCAUCAAUCCACCAACACUCAGAACUCUCUUUCAUCAGGAAACUGAUUUUCAAAAGCUGUCACGUUUAUCAAAGUGUCUGGAUCGGGAUCUUUGAUGCAAUUCAGGGGGGGAAGUGGCUGUGGACUGAUGGUUCCAAGGUUGACUACACAUGUUGGAGUCAUGGAGGGCCACACAUUGUAGGCGGAGAACACUGCACAGUGAUCAACUCGAAUGGAUUCUCUUGGAAUCAUCUCUCAUGUCACAAUCGGAAACCUUUUGUUUGUGCCAGAAAACUGUGAAGCCUCCCACCAUUUGCUAUCAGGUGUGCCAUUACAACGUCACUUCCACUACGAUGACUUUACUUCCUUUUUCAUACUUUGAUAAUAUUGAACUCUGAUCAUUUAAUGCUUAAAUAGCAAUAUCACUCUCCUGAUUAUUCACAUCUUCUUUUGAUUAUUUCCACACUUUAAUCUGGGUGAGAAAAAUCAAUGUAAAAAAACAAUCUGAAAAAUAAAUAAAUAUGAUUUGUAAGCAUAGUGGGUUCCUGUAAAUUUCUCAUUUUACCUGUGUGCAUGUGUGUAGCAGGUAUUCCUCAUGUGGUGAGGACACACCACAUCCCUCUUCUCCUUUUGGGGACAAAAGGCAAGUCCCCACAAUGUAAACCAUAAAAUUUUAGGGGGAAGACUUGGUUUAAGGUUAAAGGAUAGGGCGUUUUCAAUGGCUUUUGUGAUCUCUUAUAUGUGUCGUAUAUGUGAUCUCUUAUAUGUAUUUUA